UUUAUUUAUCUACCCUCCUCUCUGAUUCUGCGGAUCUCUCUUCCUCUAAUGUAUUAGUCGUAGGACUUGUCACCUAUGGUUUCGUCCCAAGUUUAUCACUCUUAACCCGUCCUCCUCCUUAUUUGCUGAUUUGUCUCCGGACGCUGUUAUUUGGGUACUUUCUUUCUGGCCUUUUCCAAAGAAAAUCUUCCCGAGUUUGAGGAGGCUCAAGGUAUCGGCAGCCAAUAAAACGAGCUUGUCUUCCUGCUUUUCUUGGAUCUUAAACGGAUCAAGACUGGGACGUUGUGUCUGAUUCAGAAGAAGCUAUGUCAGUGAGGCGAGCUCUCGUGCCUGCUUCGUCGAGCAUGCUUUACAGGCUUGCAGGCCGGCGAUCCUUUGCGUCGCGGUCCGCUUCAUCCUUGCAACAGGCAUGUCUUGACACCAUCAGGAGUGAUGAAGAAGAUGCUGAUAUUAACUGGGAUGACCUUGGGUUUGGUCUCGUACCGACCGACUACAUGUAUGUAAUGAGAUGUGGUCGAGAUGAGAAAUUCUCGUCCGGAGUGCUUAAUCGGUAUGGAAACAUUGAGUUGAGCCCAUCAUCAGGAGUCCUAAAUUAUGGGCAGGGUCUAUUUGAAGGUCUGAAAGCAUAUCGGAAAGUAGAUAAUGGUGGUUUCUUGCUCUUUAGGCCAGAAGAGAAUGCACGUCGAAUGCAAAUGGGUGCAGAGAGACUGUGCAUGCCAUCUCCAUCAGUUGAACAGUUCAUUCAUGCCAUCAAAGAGACAAUAUUUGCCAAUAAACGAUGGGUGCCUCCUCAAGGAAAAGGUUCACUCUAUAUCAGACCACUACUAAUAGGGAGUGGACCGGUGCUUGGUUUGGCUCCAGCACCAGAUUACAUGUUUCUAGUCUAUGCUGCUCCUGUGGGUACAUAUUUUAAGGAGGGUUUGGCUCCAAUCAAUCUAGUAAUAGACGAUAACACUCAUCGUGCCACUCCUGGUGGGACUGGUGGUGUGAAGACAAUUACCAAUUAUGCACCGGUUCUCAAGGCACAGACACAAGCUAAGGCUAAAGGAUUUACGGAUGUUUUAUAUCUUGAUUCUAUUAAGAAAAAAUAUUUGGAGGAGGCCUCUUCAUGCAAUUUGUUCAUUGUGAAGAAUGAUGUCAUUUCAACACCGGUUACUAUGGGAACCAUUUUACCAGGAAUCACCCGCAAAAGCAUCAUUGAAAUAGCUCGUGAUUAUGGAUACCAGGUGGAGGAACAGCUUGUCUCUGUCGAGGAUCUGAUGGAUGCUGAUGAAGUAUUUUGCACAGGAACCGCUGUGGUUGUUGCUCCAGUAGGCAGUAUUACUUAUCAAGGCCAAAGGUUUGAAUAUAAAACAGGAGCUGCAACUGUCACUCGAAAGCUAUAUGAUAUCCUCACCGCAAUUCAAAUGGGGCGGGCAGAAGACAAGAAAAGAUGGACGCUUGAAAUUGAUUGAUUGUCCCAAACUUUUUUGUAUACAUGCAUGAGAAUCGUGCGUGAGCAAAUUAUGAAUCUGAAAGGAAAGUGUUUUUAAACAUUGAUUAUGACCAUGUUGGGAGCUCACAGUCCCAACAUAUUAUGCAUCUAAUGGUUUGCCAUCAUAUGGUGAGGCAAGCGUAUCCUUUUAAUUAUUUGGUUUGCUAGAUCAUCUUUUCUUGUGGACAAAUAAACUUAGCGUUUAUCUUUA